AUGGCGGGUGAGAUCGACGAGAAACACAAACAAAAGCAAAAAGAUACAGCCCAUUCCGACAAUUCAUCAAAUUACUUAUGUCGACGUGUUCCAAUCGUCACUCGCGUUACGCCACUGCACGAAUAUCUUCUUGAUGGGCACCUCAUGAAAACCUUUAUUUCAGCAACCUAUGUACGGGAAAUAAAUCAGAAUCAGUUUGGUCGGUCUUUUGUUGCAUCUCCCGUUGAAAAAGGAAUUGACCUCAGUGAGCUCCUCGAUAACAUUCUCCCAUCAGUUGAUGCUUUGAGUGCAAACUUCACUUUUCAAAUACCUUUCUUUUUCACAGAUAUCAAACUACUGAAACAAAAUCUAUCAUUAUCAAGUAGUCUAACGCUUUCUUCUAUUUAA